CUCUCUCUCUCUCAAAAGUUAGGAACACUGACACCACUAUCCUCUUUCGUCCCAACCUCUCAUUAUCAGUUUACUCUCUGUUGUUAUCCAUUUUAAGUUCACCACUGAAAGUCAAUCUUCUUUAUCUUCCAUAGAUCUUCUUCAUCUAAUCGAACUGCAGAAACCCAUAGCAAAGAUGAUGCAAGAUCUAUGGAACGCCCCUACAGGUUUCAGACCUUCCAAAUCCGCUCCUUGUUCACCAGUGAAGCCUAUCGGGGUCUCCAGAACUCGCUCCGAGUCUUUUCAUGUCACGCACAAGGUCCCAGUCGGUGACACUCCCUAUGUCAAGGCCAAAAACGUUCAGUUGGUGGACAAGGACCCAGACAGGGCGAUUCCUCUAUUUUGGGCUGCAAUUAAUGCUGGAGAUAGAGUUGACAGUGCUCUGAAAGACAUGGCGAUUGUAAUGAAACAACAAAAUAGGGCCGACGAAGCAGUUGAAGCUAUUAAAUCACUGAGAAGUCGGUGUUCAGACCAAGCCCAAGAGUCUCUGGAUAAUAUUCUCCUGGAUCUUUACAAGAAUGGUGCCUCUCCUCUGCAGAGAUGUGGAAGAUUAGAUGAUCAAAUUGCACUUUUGAAGCACAAGUUGUUUUUGAUUCUACAAGGGGUGGCGUUUAAUGGUAAGCGUACCAAAACUGCUCGAUCACAAGGAAAGAAGUUUCAAGUUUCUGUGGAGCAGGAAGCCACUCGCUUGCUGGGGAACUUAGGAUGGGCACUUAUGCAGCAGAACAACUAUGUUGAAGCAGAAGAGGCCUACCGACGGGCCCUUUUGAUUUCACAGGAUAAUAACAAAAUGUGCAAUUUAGGAAUCUGCCUGAUGAAACAAGGAAGGAUUACAGAGGCAAAAGAAACUCUCAGACGAGUUAAACCAGCUAUGGCAGAUGGCCCAAGAGGCGUAGAUUCCCAUCUAAAAGCCUUUGAAAGGGCCCAACAGAUGCUCCGUGACCUCGAAUCAGAACUGAUGAAUAAGGGAGUAGACCGUGUCGAACAGAGUCGGCUCUUUGACAACUUCUUGGGUUCUUCUUCAAUUUGGCAACCUCAGCCUUGCAAAGAGGCUGCUGUCCUCCUCUGUGUACCUGUUAAUACGAUAACAAUGACAAAACAACGAGAUGAUUUUGCAGACGAGAAUGUAGAUUUCAACAGAAUAACUAACCAGAGAGGUUUGAAACCCGCAGUUCCAUUUGGGAAUUCGCUAAAGAUUGAUGCACCACCAUUCUAUUUAUCUAAGUCAAAUAAAGACCCAAGUGAGGAUCAAUUUCACGAUCCUCUGGGUCGACUUAAGAGGACUAGGUCUGGUCAUGCUGCACCUUCUCUGAUCAAAGGAGUCGAACGGGAGAACUACACAAGACAUCCUGCAUCCAUUGGAACAGAACAGCCAGAACAAAAGGCUAGGAAGUGCUGCUCUCCUCUGAUUGAAGAAGAAAAUGCGGGCAAGUGGACAGAAUUGUUACCAGAUAACAUGGAUUUUGAAGAGGCCAUCAUAGCUGCGGUUCUUGGUUCAACUAAUGAAACAUCCAAGACUCUGGACACUUCUAACAAUCCUCCAAUAUGCCAGAGAAAGAUCGACAAGAGGCUAAAAGUUUUCCAGGAUAUUACACUCUCACUAAGCCCCAGAGCCUGACUUGGUAUAGGAUAGCCUGAUGACAUCAGCAUCAGCAAGGAUUCCGUUUCACAAAUUUUCUUAGUUAAUGUAUUGUUUUUAGGUUGGAGAUGAACUUGUUCUCCUCAGCUCCAUUCAUUACUUAAGGAGGAUGGAGUAC